ACACGUUUUAAUUAUCACUGAAAUGAAAUAAAAGAAAAUGAUUUCGAUCAAGUUAACUUUGCUGAUUUUUACAAUUCUCGCCUCUAAAGGUUUAUCUGAGGAAGGCGAUGGGAUUUUCGAUCAAAUUACAGAGGCCAUAGAGAAGCUGAAGAGUUUGAUUCAGAACGCUAUUAAUAAAGCACUGCAAGCUCUCAACGAUAUGUUCUUGAAACUUUUGAAGUUGCCUUUCGAAUUGUUGGAACAAGCAAUAGAGAAGUUGAUCGAGAUGAUAGACAAGGCGAAGCAAGAUAUUGCUAAGCUCUUGGAGAAGGCUGAAGAGAUGGGUGUGGAUGCAUCGGAAUGCGUGAAGAGUUCUGACUCUAGUUUAAUUGUUACCAUGACUGAAACUAUAGCGCAGCUAACAGUAUGCGUCACAGAUAAACUUUGCGAAGCUAAGGAUAUGAUGAAGAAAACUAUUUCCGACAUAAAACGAUAUAUCGAGACGAUAGAUGAGAUUCAGAUGAAGAUCGCCGAAUGCGGAUCAGGUCUUGGAGCUGUUAAAUGUUUGACAGGAGUUCUUGCGGAAAUAAUCAAGUUGUCAACAAGUUUACCAUUAGAGAUUGCGAAACAGGUGAAGCAGAUUACUGAAUUGAUGAAGACAGUGCAGACGGCGAUGAUUAACUGCGAGGUACAAGCAAUAUUCAAGGCCACCGCUGAAAUUGGUGCUAUGGUAUUCGAAGUGGGAAAAUGCGUUAGUGAAAAAGUCAAAGAAUCAGAAACACUUAUUUGA